AAAUAAGAAGAAAAUACCAUCUAAACUUUUCUAAAGACAGCCAGUUCCCCUCAGAGAUACAUUCAUAUAAACUCCCAUACCAAAUGUCUUGCGUUUUUUACGAGUCCGAGUCAAGUCUCGAGUCUUAAUUUAUGCGAUUUAAGUGCGACUCGAGUCCAAGUCACAGACUCCAGUUUCCAACUCUGAGUAAUCACUGUGUAAACAAUAGGUUUUAACAACAUGUGUUGACUUAAAAACCUGUAAUUAAAGGAAUGUGACUUGUCGACACCUUCUGACGUAACUAUUGAAAGAGUCCCUGAACUAAUCAUAGCGACUCUUUUUAGUGAACAUAAACAAAAGAUUCAGUCACCGGAGGAAUCAGUGCUCACCACUACUUCGAUCUACGCUUACAGCCAGAAAACAUUGGGCAGAGCUGAAGCAAAAUCUUGAAAGCUAAGCAUCCGUCUCUAUGGAGGAGGACCAGCCUCUCAAUGAAUCAGGAACGGCAGAGGCUCCUGGCGCAGAGAACGCACAGCGUCGCUUCAACAUGAAUCAUUACGCUACUAAGAAGAGUGCAGCACAGAGCAUGCUGGAUGUGGCUCUUCUGAUGGCAAACUCCUCUCAGCUGAAGACAGUGCUGCGUUCAGGAGUACAGCACCGCUUCUACGUUCCUCUCAUCGCUCUGAUCUCACUGUCCAUCUCACUGCAGGUCAUUGUUGGCCUCCUGCUCAUCUUCACUGUGAAGUAUGACCUGAAUGAUGUUAAGAAACAGCCGAGACUUAACACAAUGAAUGACGCAGCAACUGUUUUUGUGUUCUUUACUGUUCUUAUCAACAUCUUCAUCACAGCAUUGGGAUUUGAGUCUGGAGGGGGCAGUGUAAUAUUUGAAACUGCACUCGCUCAGACCAGGUCUUUAAACUUCACUGAUGACGUUUAAGCAUACGAGGACUGCUCACAUGAUUGAAUUGCCACUCAACCUGCCUUUUCAUGUCAACGACAUGUAUUUACCAAACAACUUACUGGAGAAUGUACUCCAUAUCUCAGCAGAAGAUCUCAUGUGAUAUUUUGUAAUGUUUAGGUAGCACAUCUUAACAAACUAUGAAUUUGUCUUUUUCUCAGUUUAUGUGAAAUAGACCUUUUUACACAAGGAACACAAUAGAGAAUAUACACCGCGUUCCAAAUUAUUAUGCAAGUGAUAUAUCAGUAGGAUUUCGGUACAAUAAAGAGUCAGAUUUUUGUUUGUGUUGUUUUUCACAUCUUUUUAGUUAACUGGUAUCAAUCUCAGGUUUGUUCAAUAGUUUGCCAGUUCUUUGCCAGGAAACCCUACUUAAAGAGGUUGUUCCACAUUAUUAAGCAAGUCACAGUUCUCAGGAAAUAUGGUGAGGAAGAAAGAUCUUUCUGAAGAUGAAGAUGAAAAGUAUGAAACAAUGCAAUGUCUUGCGAAAGGCAUCAAAACAAACAAUAUUUCGCGAAAAGCAAAUAGAAAUUAUUGAACUGUCAAAAGAUUUGUGAGUGACUUAGAGUACAGAAGAUCUUGGUCAGAUAAAGAUUUAUUAAGGAAAGUUUUUGUCAAACAAAUGAACUGUAUUGUUAUACCAGCUGUAAAAAAAAAGCCACUGCUGAGCAGCAAACAGGUGUUUGAAGCUACUGGAGUCUCAAGAUCCUCUUCAUGCAGACUGGCAGUUGUGUGUAAAGCUGCGUUUCAGUCACUGCUAACCAAACCUUUAUUGUACCGAAAUCCUACUGAUAUAUCACUUGCAUAAUAAUCUGGAACACAGUGUAGUAAAAUGUUUGUGAUUUUUGUUUCCUCUUGGUUAUUGCAUCUUUAUAGCAA